UUAAAAUAAGUAUUUUUCGUACACAGCCACACUCGAGCCAUGACGAAGUUUUAGCUUCGAAAUAAGAAUUAAAAGUGAAAAGCAAGAUAAAUAAUCGUUUUAUCAAAGUAAAUGAGUCAAGUAGCGUAUUUAAAUGUGAUUAAUUGUUGCAAGUGUUGACGUAUGUUGUUGUAUUAAUGAAAAUUUUAAAUCACGUGCCUUUACAUUGCUAUGUUUUGAUGCUAGUACAAAAUGGCGGACAUUUCCUUAAUCCAAGAUCACACCAUGGAUGAUUGCGAUGAAGGUGUAUUCGAACAAGGAGAUUGUUCAACGGACAGUUCUGGCGAUGACGAGCUUUUACCACCGUUAUCCCGCGUCCAGAAAUACGCUCAAGCUGGGAACAUCUACGAUCGUAAAAUGGUUGCCCGAAUUGUUCAAGAUUUGUUUCGUACAUCACCUCCGGAAAUUUUAGCCGAAGAACUUCCGAGUAUUAUGACCAUCGUUCGAUCGCUGGGUGAGAAAGAUGAGACGAUGGUUAGAGCCGAUCUUUUGGAUCAGGUACCACACAUAGCUUCACAGGCGUUGAAGUAUUCAAAUCGCGUGGAAGCGUUGAAAAAUGUUACCGGGGAUUAUCUGAUACCGUUGGUUGUACGCAAUUUAGGAAGUUCAGAAAAUGCUGUUGAUAAGGCGGCACAUACAACACUCAUACACCUGCUGGAACAAGGAUUAAUAACAAAACAACAGGCGGAAAUACAAGUUUGUCCUGCGAUUUUGGCGUUGUCGCAUGAAGAACAAAUCGCUGAAAUAAACACAGGGGCCAUAACAUUGAUGUCAAGAAUGGCACCACUGCUCGGAAGAGAUGUCACAGAGAGGGUGUUUUUGAAGAGGUUUUCGGAAAUGUGUGAAAGUAGUAUGUUUUACACGAGGAAAAUGUGUGCGGCACAUAUCGGCGAUUUUGCUGUUGUUGUGGGAAAACAACCGUUCCACAGAACUUUGUUGCCGUGUUAUAUAGCAUUGUGUGAAGACUCAAUAUGGGGCGUUCGAAAGUCAUGUGCUGAAGUAAUAAUGUUUAUAUCAACUGUAAGUGCACCCGAAGUACGUCGAAGGGUACUAGCACCGGUUUUUGCAAGAUUAUUGCAAGAUGAUUGUCGUUGGGUCCAAAUGUCAGCAUUCCAAGCAUUGGGGCCUUUUAUUAUAACUUACGCCAAUCCUCCUUUAACCAGCACGGCCUAUAAUAGUCAAGGCGAAUUAAUUUUUGUGAAUAAAGAUGGUCAAGAGUUUUUAAUGAAUGUUGCCAAAGAGACUAACGAUGUCCGAUUCAAAUACUUGCCACGUCAGCCGUCUCCUCUCAGUUCAGAUUUAAGCCAAUCGUGCAGCGAAGUAGGAAUUGGCGAUUGGCAAGGUGUUGAAGAUGUAUUGCAAGAGAAAGACGACGAAUGUGCGAGUAGCGAAUUGGAAAGCGAGCGAUUACCUGAGGAGAAUUUCGAUUUGGAUUCGGGUAGUUUGAUAGCGCAAAGCGACGAAGAUAUAAAAGAGAUUGUGGAAACGGUGAAAAAUGCUGUACUCAGCUAUAGAAACGUGGAACAAGAACACGGUGUGAUAGGCGAUAACUUAAAAACUAACUUAAGCAAUGCAAAUGUGAUAAGUAAUUUAAAAAAUGCGAGUUGUGAUAAAUUAGGUAGCGAAUUAGAUGCCGAAUUUGCAAAUUUGAGUCUGAGUAUAGACGAACCAAGUACGUCAAAAAUGUGUGAUGAUGUCGCUGAUGAUGGUGCGGAAACAACCGUCGAACAAAAUCAGGUAAUUUUGAAUAGUGAGAGUGAAAAAGAAGACGAUAACUUACACUUGUACAAUUCAUACAAUUAUUGGUAUAUAAGACCUGAAAUGCCAUUAGAUCUCAGUUUAAUCGAGGAGAUUCAAAUCGAUCGAGGUAAAGUGGACGAUACAACGGCAGGAGAUACAUUUGCUGAGAUUAAUUUAAAUGAAAAUUUGGCCGAAAGUAACAAAAAUGAUGCCCCAACUGAUACAGCUUCGGAGUCGAAGGAGGUUGCGAAAACCGAGCCGGUGCAAGACAUUGUUCCUCAAGUGUUGAUAUCUCAUUACUUUUUAAUGACGGAUUCUUCGUUUUCCUCAAAUAUAGACAACGAGAUGUCGUACCAUUGCGCCUAUUCACUGCCGGCAAUCGCACUAACGUUAGAAAAUAAAAAUUGGCCACUUUUAAAACGUACCAUCGAAUUAUUGGCUAGUGAUAUGCAUUACAAAGUACGAAGAACUGUAGCGAGUAGUUUACACGAAUUAGCGUUUAUUUUGGGUCAAGACAUCGCAUCGGAACAUUUAACACCAAUUUUCGAAGGCUUUAUCAAGGAUUUGGACGAAGUCCGAAUAGGAAUUUUGCGAAAUUUGGCCUACUUUUUAAAGAUUAUUAAACCGGCCAAAAGAUUGGCGUGCUUGCCUCGGCUACAGGAGUUUUUAAAAACGGAAACUGAAUGGAAUUGGCGAUUCCGUCACGAGUUGGCUAAGCAGCUCCUGUCUAUUGUUACACUCUUCAAACCAGUGGAUUCGGCCAAACAUAUUGGGGUUAUUGGGGAAGUUUUGCUAUUUGAUGUUUCCGCCGUGCGCCAAAUUGCGAUUUCUUUGAUCACCGAAUUGUUGAGGCACAUUUCAUCAAAGCCCGAUCUCAGCUCACUUUACCUAGUCAGAUUAGUGGAGAAAUUUGCUCAUUCGAAAAAAUGGAAGAGGAGACAAACGUUUGCCCUCCUGUGUUACAAACUUUUAUCGGCCAAAGCCUUGCCUGCGGAAAAAUUUGCAACCGAAAUUAUGCCUCAUUUGUUGGACUUGAGUUGGGAUCCAGUGGCUAAUGUGAGAUUAGUUGUGGCAAAAACAAUCGCACAACAUGUUAUUCCCAACGAGUAUUUUGCGGAUCCCAGUAAUCAACAUUUCGAUAGUUUAGGAACUGUAAUAAGGAGGCUCCAAGCCGAUAAGGAUCGUGAUGUGCGUCAGUAUGCGGAAAUCAGUGAUAAAUUUGAAUCGGUCUCACCUACACUUAGUUUGGAUUACAUUGACUAAAUAAAUUACAGUAAAGUUGUUUUGUUUUUAUUCUUGGGUUUAUGAACUUUGUUGUAAUUUUAAUUAAAUCUUGUGAGCUAUAUACAUUGUAAUAUUUAUCUAUAAGUUGUAAUAUAAGUAAAAACAAUAAAUUUAAACAAUUGUCCUACGUAAAGGUUUUUUCCUACUUACACUUUACCUGACGUAGUUAUAGAUAAUGCGCAAGUGCAGAAAGUUUGAGGUUAUGUAAUUCCUAACAAUUUGAUUUAUUAGUUGAUUCGGUUUAAAAUGAUGAAAGGUUCAAUAAUUACGUUAAUUCUCACCUCCCUUUGUGCC